AUGAAUCGUGUGCCAACAUCUACAGCAGACUCUGAGGAGAGUCUCCUCCAAUAUGAGUCCACUGCUCCGACGACGCCAGAUGGAAGUCUUACCUUUAGCCCUGUUCUCCAGGCGAUUCGAGCCAUGGACACGGUCGAGGUUGACGCAAUGGCAUCUUUGAGUGUUUCGCAACAGAACUCUGGCCGCAAUACUCGCGGAGUCCGCGAGGCAGACAUUCGACCCAUUCAGAUCCGCAACGUUUGCUGCGUUGGUGCCGGAUACGUUGGAGGCCCAACUGCCGCCGUCAUCGCCCUCCAAAACCCCAGCAUCCGCGUUACUGUAGUCGACAAAGACGCCGGCCGCAUCCGACGCUGGAACUCCAGCCACCCACCCAUUUACGAGCCGAACCUCCGACAAAUCCUCCGCGUCGCGCGCGACGGUGCCCGCGACAUCGCCUUCUCCAACCUCCCCGUCUCCCACGGCAGCUCCGACGAUGACCUGUCGGACGAAGUGUCGAUCACGACGACAGAUAUGUCCGAGUGCGGGAGCCAGUGCGACCACGUCGCCGACGUCAUGACAGCGGCGGCGAGAAGCGCGAACCUCUUCUUUUCGACGGACGUGGCGGGCGCCAUUGGCGAGGCUGAUCUCGUCAUGAUUGCCGUGAAUACGCCGACUAAGUCGAGAGGUAUUGGGGCGGGGAGCGCGACUGAUAUGGCUUCCUUUGAGGCAGUUACGGCGGAGGUGGCGAGGUAUGCUAAGGCUGGGGCUAUUAUUGUUGAGAAGUCUACUGUGCCGUGCAGGACGGCGCAGCUCGUUAAAGAGACGAUGGCCGCUCAUCGACCAGGCGUGCAUUUCGAAAUCCUAUCCAACCCCGAAUUCCUCGCCGCCGGUACGGCAGUCAAAGACCUCCUCUUCCCCGACCGCGUCAUCAUUGGCUCCUCGACCACCGCCUCAGGUCGCUGCGCCGCCGACGCGCUAGCCCAAAUCUAUGCGGCCUGGGUCCCGCGAUCCAAGAUCGUCACGACGAACGUAUACUCCUCCGAACUGGCGAAGCUCGCGGCCAAUUCUAUGUUGGCUCAGCGCAUCAGUAGCAUCAACUCCAUCAGCGCCAUCUGCGAGAGGACGGGAGCCGACGUCGACGAGGUGGCCGAGUGCAUCGGCAUGGAUCGGAGGAUAGGCGACAAGUUCCUCCGGGCGGGGAUCGGGUUCGGCGGCAGCUGCUUCAAGAAGGACAUCCUCAGCCUCGUGUACCUCGCUGAAUCGUUGGGUCUGCCCGAAGUCGGCGAGUAUUGGAGGCAGGUGGUCAAGAUGAACGAGUACCAGAGGGAUCGGUUCGCGAGGAGAGUCAUUCGGUGCUUGAGCAAUACGUUACGGGGGAAGAAGGUUACGAUUUUGGGCUACGCUUUUAAGAAGAAUACGUCGGAUACGAGGGAGAGUCCGGCAUUGCAGAUUAUCAAGACGCUCGUCGAGGAAGGGCCUAGGGAGAUCGCUGUGUUUGAUCCGGCCUGUAAUCCGCUCGUCAUCAAAGAUGAGAUGACGCAGCUCUUGGGUCCCGAGACGCUUGCGGAGAAUGGUGGUCCCGUUACCGUGUACGGAAACGCCUACGAGGCGUGCUACCUUGCCGACGCCGUCGUCAUCACGACGGAGUUUGAUGAGUUCAAGACACCGACUCCUCCUCCUCCCCCCUCGGCCACACCCUCUCCGCGAGGUCUACCGAUCGGACGAGUUGGGCACGCUUCCCAUUCCGCGACCAACAAGGCCAAGAGGGAAAAGGAAGACCCCCGUCCCUUUGAAUGUCUCGAGGUCUCGGAGAACGACCUCCUCACUCUGCAAUGGUUCCUCGCCAAAUCUGGCACGGCCAUUGAAGAUGACCCGCUCGGAAGGUUUUACGCCGAGCCCUCGUGCGACACUACCUGUCCCGAUUGCGCACGCCAACAGCAACAAGAGGGAGGGGCAGCAGCAGUUGGGAACGUGAAUAUGGGAGAAUACCGUCCGAAGGAGAGGCUGGACUGGGCUAAGAUUUCGUAUCACCUCAAGAAGCCGAAGUGGGUUUUCGACGGCAGAGGUGUCGUGGAUGCCGGGCACUUGGCUAAGUUCGGAGUGAGGGUUGAGGGUGUUGGAAGGCAGGGCCGGUGGAGUGAAACCGAGGGGGCGACGUUCUAG